GGCCCAGUCCCGCCAUUGCAAACCUGGGCUUACGACACUCCAUUAUUGCGGUUCCGAAUGCAUCAAAACGCGUUCAAGAAUUCAUUAACAGAAGGUUUUACGUUGAUGAUGGCUUGGGCAGCACUUCAACUGUCACAGAAGCUAUUCAGAUCCUCCAAGAAGCAAGGACUAUACUAAAGAGUUUUAACAUCAAUCUUCAUAAAAUUGCUUCAAACGAGCCUGCCGUUCUUGCAGCUUUUCCUGUGAGUGAUAGAGCUUCCGAACUAAUAGAUAUUGACGUUGCAGACGCACCUCUUCAACGAACUUUGGGAGUUGCCUGGAAUGUGAACGAAGACAAUUUCUCAAUUAAAGUCGACAUCCCCGAUCGACCCUUCACUCGCCGAGGAAUAUUAGCAGUAAUCAACUCCCUGUAUGACCCUCUUGGGUUUGUAACCCCAGUGGUACUCGUGGGAAGGAAAAUUCAAAGAGUAGUGUUGGGACUGUCAACGUCGAACGCAGGGGGUGAGGACUCAAGUGUAUGGGACGAGCCUCUCCCUGAAGAAUAUCUCGACCGUUGGAAAAAAUGGUUGGAGGGUCUCUCCGAUCUCAAAACAAUUGCCAUCCCUCGAGGGUUUAUCCCUAAAAAUUUUGGAGAAGUGAGGCAACGUCACCUUCACGUAUUUGCAGAUGCAUCACAGGACGCCAUUGGGCACGUCUUGUACGUUCAAUCAUUUGGAGAUUUGGACAGAGUCCAUAUCUCAUUUCUUUGCGGUAGUUCAAAGGUAUCGCCCAGAUCGGUCUCAACUAUUCCUCGUUUGGAGCUCUGUGCGGCCCUCGAGGCCUCUUCGUCGGCGUGUCAAAUUCUGGAAGAACUCACUGUAAGUUUUGACUCAGUGACCCUCUACACUGACAGUCUGAUUGUUCUUGGCUACAUUCGCAAUGUAGAGAAGCGUUUCAGCAGAUACGUAUCGAGAAGGUUAUCAGCAAUCCUGUCAAUGACGAAAUCAGAGCAAUGGAAGUAUGUCGAAACCAAAAUAAAUCCGGCCGAUAUUGCCACCCGGGGCAAGGAUCCAACCUCCUUGGCCAAAACGGAUUGGUUUUCUGGACCUGCCUUCUUGUGGUCCCGGAUGCCCCGGAGCAUUUUCCCCGAGCCUGCACUCCCAUUGAAUUUGCCUGAGUGUGAAAAGAACGAAGAGACAUGGGUUUAUGCGAUUCGUCAGGUGGAACCCCCCCUUUUGGGCGAUCUAGCAGCGAGGAUAUCGUCUUGGCCAAGGCAAUUGAACUUGGUCGAAGCUCUAUUAAAGAUCUGCCAUGAUUGGUUAACACGAGCGAGAUCGAAGUUGCUUCAAGAUUCUUCAGCUGCUGUCACAUUCUGUUCGUCUAGAGAGACGGCAAGGAUUCUACUUUUAAAAGACGCCCAGUCUUCAUGUUUUAGAGACGUAAUAACGACGAUCAAAACUGGGAAGCCCCUCCCCUUUCACAGCUCGCUUUCCAAACUUUGUCCAAUAUUGGAUCCGUCAGGAUUGCUCAGAGUGGGGGGACGGUUGAAACAAUCAUCAGAGGCAUUUGAUCGAAAGCAUCCUAUUCUGGUUCCCGACAAACAUCCAAUUCACCAGGCCAUCCUCGAACACUACCACCUGAUGUCAAAGCACCAAGGACGACAUUUAACCCAUGCUUCGGUUCGUUCAGCGGGUUACCACUUGGAAAAGGGAAGACAACGCAUUCGAACACUUUUAGCUGGAUGCGCCACUUGCAGGAAACUUCGAGCAAGACCUGAGGAACAGGUCAUGGCCAACUUACCAUCGGACCGCUUGGCUUGCACUCCUCCUUUUACCCACACCGGUCUUGACGUGUUUGGACCUUUCCUUACUCACAACGGACAUUCAACUAGACGAUCUCAGGCGGUGCACAAGAAUUGGGUGUUACUUUUCACGUGCUUAGUCUCAAGAGCAAUCCAUGUGGAAAUUCUACCCGCUAUGAACACAUCGACAUUCCGAAAUGGCUUACGACGAUUUUUAGCCAUACGUGGGGAAUGUCAAAUUAUUCGAAGUGAUCAGGGUUCGAAUAUCAUCGGAUCAUUAGGUCAAGAUCCAAAAUUAAACUUCGAGGACCUCCGAAAAGGGCUCAAAAUCAAAGGGUGCGAGUGGAUUCUCAAUCCCCCUCACGCUUCCCACUUCGGUGGCGUGUGGGAGAGAAAAAUCGGAUCUCUACGGCGAGUUCUCGAAGCAACUCUAUCUCUGUCUGGACCGCGCAGCCUAUCCUAUGACGAAUUCUGCACACUCUUGGCCGAAGCAACUGCUAUUGUAAAUUCGACACCAUUGACCGACAUCUCUUAUGAUCCAAAUGAUCCAUUUCCUCUGUCUCCCUCGUCUCUUCUGAACUUGAGAGAAGAUCCUUCGUUUCAAAGUUUAGACGUUUUCUCAAAAGAAGACCUCCUAGCUUAUGGUAAACGGCGAUGGCGUCGUGUUCAGUAUCUCUCCGAGCAAUUUUGGAUUAGAUGGAGAGGGGAAUACUUGCAAGACUUGCAAACUCGACGAAAAUGGCUACGUCCUAAACGGUCCCUGAAAGUGGGUGAUAUUGUGAUUUUGAAGUCGAAAUCGGAAAAGAGAAUGUCUUGGCCGUUAGGCAGAAUCGAGCAAGUGCGGGUUAGUCUCGACGGUCAUGUCCGGUCCGCCAUCGUUAAAACAAUAGAUACCACCACCAAGAUGUCUUCCAAGCCCAGAUUUUUUGAAAGGCCGAUUUCUGAAAUCGUGCUUCUAGUUCCUUCAAAUGACGGGUAGAUGACCCCGUCAUUGCGGGGAGUGUGUCGUUGAUCAAGCUCAAUAUCCAAGUGAGACGUUCCCGCCUUUUUUUGAACAUUUUUCUGUGGAAGAGUCAUCUCGUGGAGUAAAGUUGAACUUGUAUCGCGCCAAUAUUGUCAAAAUACGUAAACAAACAGACACGUGGUUCCACUGCAAAUUUACAUUAAUAUAUCUCGUUAUCCUAUAAGCAGGAGUUUUCGUGUGUUUUAUUGUUAUCUGGCUGUCCCUGUGUUCUCGGCUGAAUGCACUCAG